AUGGGCGACGCGAGCGCGGACGAAUUCGACCAAUACAACCUCUCCGAAUUCAACGACGACGAGUUUGUGGCCGUCGACGCCGUUGUCCUCAGCUUGUCGCCCACCCCUGACUUGGGUGCUUCAACCUCGGCCUCUACCCGCGUUGAGGCGCCUGCUGACUCGCCUCAGAAGAAUGCACGCCAAUACGCUACCAAGUCAAAAUCAAAGAACCGCAAGAAGAGAAAGAGGCGGAAGACCGACGAGCGCGUCGAUGAAACAGGAGCGAGCCCGUUUGCCCGGUACCGGGAGCGCAGGGGUACUCUCAGCGUGUCGGACCUCGUUGGACCCUCUUGGUGCGAGGUGCAGUUUGACUAUGGGCUACGGCAGGGCAGGAAGAAGAACUUAGCUGAACGCCCGUCGUCGUUCGUCACCGCUGCGGGUAAGACCAUCACGGUUGAGCGCAAGGUCGCCAAGAAAAAUGAUAGAAUACAACGUCGCGGAAGCGCGAUACACAAGAAGCUUGAAAGGGAGCUGCGGCCUGAAGACAUCGAGGUGACAGUAGACACCGAAACGGAACGUUGGGCCCUAAAACUGAUUCAAAUGAACGCAUGUCUGGACGACCUUCUUACGCAUGGAUUCUGCCGUGAGAUGCCCGUAUUCGGUGUAUUGCAUGAGCGGAUUGUGACUGGCAUCAUCGACGAGAUCGCCAGCCGUCCGCUAUCCGAGGACUCGGCAAGAACACCGUCAACGAAGAAUGCUUGGCCGUCGAACGGGAAGCAUCAGCAGACGAGUCUGACGUCAUACUUUGCUAGUACCUCCCAUCAGCCGGCGCCUUCGCGCGAGCUUCACCUCUCAGAUAGCAAGACGCGCCUCGCCCCUAGCCUUCCCUCUGAUGAGGAUGCGCAACCCGCUCGCCUUCAGUUGAUGCUCUACCACCGACUUCUUGCGCAAGUGUUGGAUCCCCGCUUCGAUUGGGCUGCGUUCUGGACGCGCGUCGGUGUGAACGCUAGCGCGCCGCUUUCCGACACGUUUCUAAAGCAAACGUUCCUCGUCCAAUCAGUCGCUUCAGAAAGCUCAGAUGCUCGAGAUGCAACGGAGUCUACGAAGAGCAAGAAACCCGACGACGUUUAUGUCGGCUUUCCGCGGACUCUCGACGACCUCGUCGACGCGCUGCGACCCACCGCUGAUGCAGUCACCGGCUCCACUGUCAAUAUCUCCAGCACGCUUGAGAUCGUAUACCGCGCCCAGCACGCGCGACGUAGGCCGAAGCCUUGGAGGAGGGCUCAAGAGGCGGCCGAAGCCGGUCUGCGAGACUUCAAUGAGAACGAGGACACGGAUCUUCAGCGUGCGAUUGCUGCGAGCUUAGCAGACCAUGCGGGAGAUAUGGGCGCAUCUGGCAUGGGCGCGAGUUUCGAUUCGGUCAUGCCAUCAUUAGACGCCAUCAUGCCGCCCUUGGGAGCAUCCCUCGAACGCAACGCACAUUCCGCUGGUCCCGUCCAGGUCAACAGUCAUCUUGGCCGUACGUUGGAUAGCGCAUUGGGAGAGAUGGCAUGGGCUGCACAGGAGGCCGCGGUCUCACGAGUCGGGGAUGCUCAAGUGGACGCCCUUUCUCAAACGAGAGAAGCUGAAGACGUGGGCGCUCGAGCUGUUGAUUACCUCCGUGCAUCUGCUGCGGAAGAUGAGGGCGAAGCGAGUGCGAAGCCUCUUCUGGGGCGAGCGGCAGAGGAUGAAGCUGCCGAAUCGGAGCACAGCGAAGAUGAUGUGGUGGCGGAAGAUACUGGUAGGCACGCUGGGCGCAUCAUCGGACGGAGGACGUUCGAGAUGGACGAGGGCGAGCUCGAUGCACACCUACAUCGCGUGCUCGGAUGGUGGAUGGGCGAGCGGGAACCGGAAGGCGUACCCGUCGAACUAUCGCGGCGAUGCUUCUCCUGCGAGUACCGCGAUGGUUGUGAGUGGCGCGAAGCGAAGGCGCGCGAAAUUGCCGAGCGCUUCGGGGUAAUAUACGAAGAGGGCUCGCACGAGCAUGAGAGUGCGAGCGAGUCUAGCGGGGAUGAGACCGACGAGAGUGAAGGCUUGCAUAGGCGCAAGGCGGGUGUAGAUGUAGUGGCGAGUAUGUUCUGA